UGAACCGGUCAGGGGCAGUAGUGAAAUUGGCAGUUGGAAUAGAGAGAAUGGGAGGCAUAGGGGACCCUCAUGAUGUUGAACAGAGAAUUGCUCUUAAGUCAGAAUGCACCAACCAUCACAAUUCACAAAGUAUCUGCAUAAAGCCACCUUACACCUCACACCUUACUCCAAGCAGUGAUGCUUUUCCCUUUCCCUGCAUUGUUCUUGUUUCCCUUCUCACUCCCUGAUCAUAUAUAUAUCAUUUGGUCUUGAAAACAAAGACUAAGCAAAAGCAAUAGAAAAACCCACUUGGGGUUUAUGCAUCAAUAAGAUAGUUUCAGUGGUUAUUAUGUGUUUUCAAGACCAUGGAGAGAGUUAAAUAAAUCGUGCUCUUCUGUAGCUGAUUCUUGAUGGUGCAAAAGGGUCUAGUUGAAGAAUAUAGACUGAUGUUAUUGAAUUUGGUCAAUACGAUCUUACAAAUCAAUGGCAAAGACCAAGUGCUGGUUUGGUUGGGUGGGGAGACUCUUUACUUCUGAGGCGAAAGUGAAACUAGAAAAGAAAUGGAAGAAGUUGAGAUGGUCUUUUCAAAAGUUCAAAUGUAAUCAGUACCCUGCACUCAUAGCACCACAGAAAACACUGAGUGAGGCAACAGAAGAGCAGAGAAAGCACGCUUUGACUGUUGCCAUUGCAACAGCAGCUGCAGCCGAGGUUGCAGUGGCUGCCGCCCAUGCUGCAGCCGAGGUUGUCCGGCUCACCGGCGCUUCUCACUCUUCCCAGCGUUCCACAAAGCGAGCUAGAAAUUUGGCUGCCAUUAAGAUUCAAAGCGCUUACCGGGCACAUCUGGCGAGGAAAGCAUUGAGAGCAUUGAAGGGACUGGUGAGACUUCAAGCCAUAGCUCGUGGGCGAGCCGUGAGAUGCCAAGCAAUCACAUUAAAGUGUUUGCCACCCACUCCAGAAAGACAGGCAGAGGUCCAGGAACAGAACAUCCCUACUGCAGAUGCAAGCAGCAAACAUUGUUAUAAGAAAGAGUUUGUCAGGGGCAAAGAGGAGUUGGAUGAAAAGGAAACAAUGAUGCCUGAAUGCAACAGUCAGAGGAGUUGGGACCGCAGCACACUUUUGAAGGAAGACAUGGAAGCAAUAUGGUUAAGAAAGCAAGAUGCCAUUAUCAAAAGAGAGCGCAUGAAGAAAUAUUCAUUUUCACACAGGGAGAGGGAAAAUGCUCGAUUAAUGCUGGAAGAAUCAGUAGAGGACAAGGAAUUUGGAAGAAAGAGCUGCAGGCUAGAACAGUUGCUAAACAAAGAGGCGCCAUGUAAUUUUGAAAGGUAUGGAAGAACACAAAUUAAGCCACGAAAUGAAGGAAAACAAGAUUCUCUAGAAACACUACUGGAUUCAAAGUGGUCAUUUCCAAGGAGAUCUUUCUGUCAUAUGAAGCAGAAUUCAGCUGGUAAUGAUAGUUUGAUGCCAAAUUCUCCUAUUUUUCGAACUUACAUGAGUGCAACAGAAUCUACCAAGGCAAAAGAAAGGUCCUUGAGCACACCAAAGCAACGCACAGGAUAUGUAGAUGGACUUUCUUUUUGGUCUUCUUUUGACGGUGAAUCCAUUGUUGCCAACGAGAAGAGAGGUGUUUCCUCAGCAGAUUUCUUUAAGCAUGAAUCGCUAAUUAAUUAAUAAAAUCUUUUUUUUUUCCCACUUAUUUAUUACUAUUUUCUAGGAGUUUGGUGUUGUUGUAUUAGCUCGAUAAAUUGUGUAAAAAGAAAAGUGGUUUGCAAUGAAUGGUUUGGUGGUUUGAAAGAACUCAUU